AUGUCAACUAGUCCUACACCAUUAAAAUCAUCUGCCUGGAAAAUAAGCCCCUUAUUUAAAGGUGUUGGUUAUGGCAUAACGUUGAUUUGUGCUCUCUGUUCGCUCUACUACAUCCUCAUUAUCACCUGGACCAUCUAUUACAUGUAUGCGUCGUUAGCGAAAACUCUGCCGUGGAUCGGAUGUGACAACGAGUGGAAUACAGAAUUCUGCACAACAAAUUUUGUUACCCCUGAACCUAUUGUAUCCGUUCUAAAUACUACCAACAGCACAUAUCAGCCCUUAAUGUCUUCAGAGGCUUCCUUAACCACGGCGGCACCGAGAGUCAGGGCCAGUGAGGAAUAUUUUUCGCAUGCAGUCUUGGGAAUUAGUGAUGGUCUUCACGAGAUUGGGGGUGUUCGUUGGCAGCUCCUUGUGUGCUUGGUAAUCGCUUGGGUAGUCGUCUACCUGUGCCUGAUCCGCGGUAUUCAUUCAUCUGGAAAGGUCGUCUACUUCACGGCAACGUUUCCAUUUGUACUGCUUUUCAUUCUGUUCAUCCGUGGAGUUACACUUCCCGGUGCCAUGGACGGGAUUAUUUAUUUCAUCAAACCCAAUUUCUCAAAGCUUCUCAGUUUAAAGGUAUGGCGUGCUGCUGCCAAUCAGGUGUUCUAUUCUUUCGCUGCAGCAUGGGGAGGAAUGUUGACGUUGGCUAGCUACAACAGGUUUGACAAAGAUGUUCUAAGGAGUGGAAUUGGAAUUGUUGUUAGUGGAUGUUGUACUAGCCUUUUUUCUGGCUUCGUCAUUUUCUCUAUUCUUGGUUUCAUGGCCCAGGACGCCGGUGUACCAGUCGAUCAGGUGGUGAACUCAGGACCUGGCCUAGCUUUUAUUGUCUACCCAGAAGCGGUUGCCCAAAUGCCUUGCCCUCAACUCUGGGCCUUCUUAUUUUUCUUUAUGCUGUUUAUUGUGGGUCUUGAUAGUGAGUUUGUGAUGUUCGAGACAGUCAUUACAGCGGUCAUGGAUGAACUGGAAAGUCACUAUUCUGGAAUAAUGAAGCACAAAAAUAAAAUCACACUCAUAACAUGCGUGGUUUCGUUCCUCCUGGGCAUUCCAUUUGUUACUGAGGGUGGCGUGUACCUGAUGACACUAUUUGACUGGUACUCUGCGGGUGUUUCUCCUAUGGUUCUUGGCGUUUUCGAGUGCUACAUUAUUUGCUGGCAUUAUGGUCUGGACCGUUUUGAAAGGGAUGUUGCUUCUAUGAUUGGAUACCGACCGUGGAUACCUCUGCAAAUCUGCUGGAAAUUCAUCACUCCAUUUAUAACCUUGGUAAUCUUAGUUCUGAGCUUUGUUUUUUAUUCAUCCGCCGUGUAUGGAUCUUACACCUUUCCUCCUUGGGCCGAGGCGCUUGGCUGGUUUCUGGCAUUUGUGUCUGUAGCAGUCAUUCCCAUUGUGGGUGGUAUCAUUGUGUCCCAACAGAAAGGAGACAGUCUUUGGGAGCGUAUUGUAAUGGCCUCUAGACCAGCACAUGACUGGGGCCCAGCUAAGGAUGAGGACCGUGUACGUGCUGGGUAUGCCCCACUUAAUCCCAACUUUGUACCGGAAGUAUCAUGCACUCCGGUAGGAUAUGUAGUCUUAUCAACUGAUACGAAAGUUUAGAAACUUAAAAAAAAUAAUAAAAAUAAAAAGUAAUAAUAUAAAAUAUAGUACAUGCUUAGUACGUACAACUACAAACUUGGCUUAAAUAAGAAGACUGACAUUAAUGUGAUUUUGGGGUAACUUUCAUCAUGUGUUGGUAUCGCAGAUGAUACAUUUGCUUGUCAUGAUGUUGAAGAAAAAUCGGGCACGUUCGCUGACGUCGAAAAUCGGACCAAGGAAUGAUUGUUUACAACACGCUAAUGUUUAAACCUACCAAUCAAGUAUUCAUUAUACCACUGUGAUAUUUGUUACAAUACCCAUAAUUCUUAGUGUCUGUUCUCUGAACUAUGACCUUUAACUAGACCAAGCCAUCAUGAGUUGCCAAUAUGUCAGAAUAUAAUAUAUUAUGCUUUAAUAAUUUUUUUGUUUAAAGUCAGUGGUUUAAGUUAUAUCAAAUAUUUGUUAAACAACUGCUAUAACUUAUGCAGAAAAACUAGUUUUUUAAAUUAUAAAAAUUUAGAGCCAAGUUUUUUUUUAAUCCUUGUACUUUUUAUUUAUAGCAUAAAAUGUUUUAUGAUAGCUGACUUAUAUAGUGUAGAGUUAUGAAUAUAGUCCCACUUUUUCCAGACUGGGAAGGAUAAAGCCUCCUGGUUGUAUAGUUUACAUUUCAUUUCUCUCUUUAUUUCGGAAUUCAUAUCCAUAGAAAUAUAUAAAAAUAUGCAUAAAUACGAGACUCUGGCCGGCAAACCCGAGAAGAAAAAGCAAAAAAAAAAAAAAAAUUAAAAUUAAAAUUUAAAAGAAUAUAAAAAAAAAAAUAUUGUAACCCUCCUUUGUUGAUAUGCAAGGACUGUAAACCUCAAAACUGCCCAAGAGUACAUCUUCUGGUUAACCAAUUACUAAUUAAUUAUUAAUAAAAUUUAUAAAAAAAAAAAGUUAUUUAUGUAAAGUAUAAAAAGAUUUACUAUCUGUAAGGUGCCAUUUAUUUAUAAAAAUUUUAAAAAAAGUGAAAACAAAUACAUUCACUCUCAAAAGAAUUAAUAAAAUUAAGAAAAAGGCCAAUAAAAGGAAUCAGUACUGAUUUUUGAAUUAAAAAGGGUGACGAUAGGGAAGUGAAAAUUGCCUUAAGCCCAGAUUAUAUCAAGCCUUUAUUACUGUCAUAAAUUUUGAGGGUUUUUUUUUGUUGAAAAUGCAGUGUAGUAAAUUUUUGUAGUGGGAAUCAUUUUAUUGUGUAGAAUUUUGUUUUUAAUUCUUUUUGGCAGUUUGAAUCUUUAUGUAAAUAUUUUUAUUAGUACAUUAGUGAUAUUUCUAUAGUCAACUUCCAUUUAUUUUUUGGGAUAUAAUGAUGAACUCGUUCAUAUUUACUUUGCACCCAAUGUGUUUAGUCAAAGUGACAAAUAAAUUUUAUAUGCCUAUAUAUGGAAAUAAUAUCAAUAAUAAUAUCAUCAUGCCCAUAUAUGGGUACAUCACUCAAAUCUGUCACAUACAAUAGUGUGUACAGAUUCAUUAAACACCUUGCAAUUGUUUUAAUGUAAUUUUUUCAGUUUUUGGAAACUAAUUAACAAUUGAAUUGUUUCAUUUCCAUUUUCAAUAUACAGUGUAUUAUAUCUUUUAUGAAGAAUACCAACUUAUAUUGUACAGUUUUUGCUACAUGGGCCUAUUUUACAUUACUCAAAUUAAUGUAUAAUAGGUCAAUGUAUUGGCCACGACCAUUCUUGUAUUACUUUUCAAUCUCAUACUUUAGUUCAAAGCUAUUUAAUAAACAUAAAUGCCAAGUAGAAUGAAAUUACUUACAUUGGUGGCUGGCAUUACUAGAAUAGAAAUCGCAUAAGCACAGCCUCAUUAAUAUUACAGUAUUUUGUAUUGUAAUUUAGUUUAAUUCAGAAAAGGAAAAACUGCCCAUAUAUACAAAUUCAAUUAUUUUAAUUUUUCGAUUGUGUGUUAACCACAUAUUGUCACAUUUUGUAUUGUUUGUUUUAGUUUUAUUUCAAUGGACUUAAACCUGACAGCGUCUAAACGUAUCCAUACGAAUCCAGUAGUCACAUAGGUAAUACUGUACAACCCUAUCGUUUUGUGACUGCCAAAUGUUAGUGUUUUUCCUAACGAUAUACUUCUGAAGUAUUUUACAGAACAUCUGUGGUUGCUACAAAAUAUUUUUCCAAAUUACAGACGUACGGAAAUAGAGAAAAUUGCUAUGGAAAUUUUUCAUAGGCCUAAACCCAUAAACAGAUAGAAAAAUAUGUUUGGUUACAUUGAGCCUAGCCAACUCAUACUUGUCAGAUGUACUGAUAAAUUAUUGUGAAAACUAAGAAAAAAUUGGCCCGUAAAAUCUUCAUCCUGUCCCAUUUCUUUGAAAUUCCACACCUUGAAUUAUUCUGUACAAGUAACACGUAUUUGCGCUCUAGACAAAUGUGUAGGUGCUAUGGAAAUUUUGUAUUUACUUUGGAAAAGUUUGGUAAAAAGGGUAGGAAGUGCCCACUUACUAUGAGAGUACCAGUAGUUACAAUUAUAUUUGUUUCUUUAUUAUGUCUGCCUUUUAGUUCAGAUUGAGUUUAAUGAAAUAAAGACAUAUCAUAACUACUGA